UCGUGCAGAAGAGCAUCAGCUCCGCGAUCCGCUGCCUGUUCGCGCUCCCACUGCCCACGGGAACCCGCCGCCUUUCUCCCCACGACGUGCUGCCCUGAACCGCAGCCAUGUGCCGCACUCUGUCUGCCUUCCCCACCACCUGCCUGGAGAGAGCCAAAGAGUUCAAGACACGGCUGGGGAUCUUUCUUCACAAAUCAGACCUGGGCUCUGAUCCUGGGAAUGUUGGCAAGUUGGAGUGGAACAGUAAACACGGCAAAGAGCGAAAUUUCUCCGAAGAUGUGCUGGGAUGGAGAGAGUCGUUUGACUUGCUGCUGAGCAGUAAAAACGGGGUGGCUGCCUUCCGCGCCUUCCUGAAGACGGAGUUCAGCGAGGAGAACCUGGAGUUCUGGCUGGCCUGCGAGGAGUUCAAGAAGAUCCGGUCAGCUACCAAGCUGGCCUCCCGGGCUCACAGGAUCUUUGAGGAGUUCAUCUGCAGUGAAGCCCCGAAAGAGGUGAACAUAGACCACGAGACCAAGGAGCUCACGAGGACAAACCUGCAGGCUGCCACAGUCACGUGCUUCGAUGUGGCUCAGGGGAAGACGCGCACCCUGAUGGAGAAGGACUCCUACCCACGCUUCCUGAAGUCGCCCGCUUACCGGGACCUGGCUGCCCAAGCCUCGGCCGCCACCGCCUCUCCGUCCAGCUGCAGCCCGGCAGAGCCCUUACACACCUGAGCCUCACAGCAGUGAGGGGCCAGCCGGGAAGGGAGGUUGAGGCACCCAGCCCUGAGGCAGCUGCCCGUGUGGGAGGCAGGUUCUGCAAAGCGAACGAGGACAGUGAAGCAAAAGCUGUUUUUGUUUUGGAAGCAACAGCCUCUCCUCCAGAUACUGUGGGACUGAACUGCAUGCGUGAGAGGGUCGCCCCCACCCCUGGGGCUGGAGAUGACGGUUGCAUGGUGCUCUCUGGGGAAAAGAACGGUCGUGCAAGAGUUAUCACUGGCUCUGGUCAUUCUCAGCGGGGCCAGAACGAUUCCGGGGUGGUUUGGGAAACGUGAAGGGAAACUCGAAAAUGAGAGGGAAUCGGCCAGAUUGGCGGGUUUGCCUGUUGAACAGUUGACUGAUCACAUCCUGUUUCGUCAUUCCCAGACCCUCCUGGGCACAGGAGGGAGC